AUGUCGAAUCAAUCACUGAUUCUCAUUUUGAGCAUUAUUGCGGCUUCCUUAUUCGGAACGGUAGAAGCUUUGAGGGCCAAAAAGUUGAUACAUAGCCACGCGAAGACUACUAUAUCCCAAGAUGACUUCAUUGGAUGUCCCACGAAUAACGACUUCUAUUACAACGGCACCAUUAAUUCGCCAUUUUAUCCAUACAACUAUCCACCGAAUGACAAGUGCUACUAUUACAUUACAGCUCAACCAGGAAGUGUUUUGAAAUUCUCCUUCUCUCAUUUUGAUUUGGAAUCUUGCUGUGACUUUGUUACCAUUUACGAUGGACCAACUGUCACUUCCAAGAAACUUAUUCAAAUCGGAGGACCUGGAUCCACUGUGACUGCUCCUGGAGUCUACUACAGUACAACUAGAAACGCAGUAAUGACUUUCGAAUCAAACCCAACUGUUCAAAAAUCCGGAUUUUCGAUGCAAUAUGAAUCUGUUAGCACUGCUUCUCCAUGCAAUCGUGACAUUUUCCUGAUUGUCAAUGCUUUGGCCAAUGUUGGUUCACAAGCGAAUUACGAGAAGGAGAUCAAAUUCAUUGCCAACCAGUUGACACCAACUUGGAAUGUUGGAUUGGAUAAAGUUAGAGUCAUGCUGAACCUCCAGACUGACACCGACUACGCCAUUGUUUGGUCUGCAACCGAUAUUCCCAACAAUGCUAAUGUGACCGCUGAAGUGUUGACAAUGUUGGAUUAUGUCCCCGAUGUGACUGCUGACAACAGUACAGACUUGGAGUGCUUGUUCCGAUAUGCUUAUGAUGGUUUGGGAGAUAGCAAGGAGUUUGCAGAGAGAUAUGGUAUUGAGAAAGUUGUCAUUAUAUUCGUAGCUGCUAAUGCAAACGACUACGAAGACUACAAUGAAUCCUUCGAAUUCGCACAUAAGAUCCGUACCGAAAUGGACGCCAAAGUGAUUAUUGUUGGAAUGGGAGCUGGGUUGGAUCAGUCUAGUCUCUCAAAACUUGCCUAUGCUUCUGGAUUUGCUUUCUUCUCCUCCAGCUACGAUAAUCUUUCUUCGUUGAUACCUCAAAUCAACAAUGCUAUCUGUUCGGGACUCAACUCUCAGUGUGGACCAUAA